AAUGGAACUGUGGAACAGAAAACAACCCCAAGGAGAGGUUCCAGACUGAAGACAGGGCCUUCCUGGCUUUCACACCCCAUCCGGACCCUUCCUUGACACAGACCCCCUCCCUUUCCCCCAAUCAGAAUCCGUGUUCAGGGCCCAAGCCCUUGGCUAAGCUCCACCCCUCUCCCGGCAUCCUAAAGUUUGGGGGCUAUAUUCAAGUCAGGGAUUUCCAAGUAGGGAGUGUGUUGGAGGGACUUUUAAGGGCAGCUUGUCCUGGAAGGAUGGGGGACAGGCGGCAGCCGCUGCUGCCUCCGGGGAUGUCUGUGUCGCUCCCUGGGAGACCCUCUGUCCUCUCCCCUCCCAGCCCAGGCGCGCAGGGACUGAGCUCGCUUAUUAUCACCUGACGCUGCGCAGCCACUGAUCCCAUUGGUGGAGCCAGAUUCGGUCUGGCUCUCUCGUUCCUUCUCGCCUUCUCUGCCUCUCUCUCUCCUCCACGCUGCUUUGAUUUCGCUCUCGCCUCUCCUCUUGCUCCGGGCUGGGAACAUCAUCUCAGUCUCACCGGGGGCAGCCGCAGCAGCAGCGAUUGAAGAGCCAGACGGGAGCUGCCUGCAGGGCAUGGAAGCAGCCUCCCUGGCAGUGGGGAGCGGAGCGAGACCGCGCCGCUGCCUGUGACCCAGGCGUCUGGCCGCUGUCCCCUGCCUGGGGAGCUUGUCCGCACAGAGGUCUCUCCCUUCCCUGCCUGUCAGGUCAUCCUCUGCAGAGCUCAGGGGAGCCAGUCCCCACAGGAGCCAAACCAGAGGGAGCAUGGAGCUGCUGUCUACCCCCCACAGCAUUGAGAUCAACAACAUCACCUGUGACUCCUUCCGCAUCUCCUGGGCCAUGGAAGACAGUGACCUGGAGAGGGUCACCCAUUACUUCAUUGACCUCAACAAGAAGGAGAAUAAGAACUCCAACAAAUUCAAGCACCGGGAUGUCCCCACCAAGCUUGUGGCCAAGGCAGUGCCACUGCCCAUGACGGUGAGAGGCCACUGGUUCCUGAGCCCCCGAACAGAGUACAGCGUGGCCGUGCAGACGGCAGUGAAGCAGAGUGAUGGGGAGUACUUGGUGUCUGGCUGGAGUGAGACGGUUGAGUUCUGCACUGGAGAUUAUGCCAAGGAGCACCUGGCCCAGCUGCAGGAGAAGGCCGAGCAGAUCGCAGGCCGCAUGCUUCGCUUCUCUGUCUUCUACCGCAACCACCACAAGGAGUACUUCCAGCACGCCAGGACCCACUGUGGGAACAUGCUCCAGCCCUACCUGAAGGACAACAGUGGCAGCCACGGCUCCCCCACCAGCGGCAUGCUCCAUGGGGUCUUCUUCAGCUGCAACACCGAGUUCAACACGGGCCAGCCACCCCAGGACUCCCCCUACGGCCGCUGGCGCUUCCAGAUCCCAGCCCAGCGCCUCUUCAACCCCAGCACCAAUCUCUACUUCGCGGACUUCUACUGCAUGUACACGGCCUACCAUUAUGCCAUCCUGGUCCUGGCGCCCAAGGGCUCCCUGGGGGACCGCUUCUGCCGUGACCGCCUGCCCCUCCUGGACAUUGCCUGCAACAAGUUCCUGACCUGCAGCGUGGAGAAUGGGGAGCUGGUCUUCCGCCAUGCCCAGGACCUCAUCCUGGAGAUCAUCUACACCGAGCCCGUCGACCUGUCCCUGGGCACCCUGGGGGAGAUCAGCGGGCACCAGCUCAUGAGCCUGUCCACUGCCGAUGCCAAGAAGGACCCCAGCUGUAAGACCUGCAACAUCAGCGUGGGCCGCUAGGGACUCCCAGGGAGCUGGGGGGCGAGGGAGAGAUGACCGGAAGGUGGAGAGAGGUAGCCCAGGUCCAGGGAGGUGGCUUUCUCUCCCCUGCACCCCUGCUCGCUCCCCCCACCCCUUGGCACUGGAGGCAACAGAUGGUGGUUCUCUUGGUAAGUGUGGCCCACCCCAGGCCUGGUGGACUUGGAAAGGCUUCUUGGCUUCAGUAGGAUGGUGGGUGGGUUGGAUCUCUGGAGAAUCUCCCCUUUCCUCUGGCUUCCCCGUCCUCCUGUUCUGUCUCACCUGAGCCUCCGACUCCCCAGGACUGCCCACCUGUGGAGCUCUCCCAGGGAGCCUCUCCGGAGGAGAUGCGGAGAGCUGUGGGGUGCUCUUCUUCAGCCCCAGCACCCACUCAGGGCCGACCAUAGAAUGCCCCCCCUUGAGCUGGGCCUCAGGGCUUCCCACUGUAGGCCUGGCCCCCUGUCCCUAUAAAUAGCUCCUGCACCACCAUGACGUCCUGGCUUCUUCUGGCCCCGGAGAACCCUCUUCCUGCAUGGGGGAGCUGUCCCUCUCUUUCUCCACCUGCUCACCAGGGACACUCCUUCUGCUCUCUAGAAAGAGACCCUCUGUUUUUUUUGGCUUUGGGGCUUCGGGCUACUGGGAUUUUUCCUUCAUUCUACCUGGAGAUGACACAUGUCCCAGCACACCUUCUCUUUUCUCAGAGCGCUGGAGUCUGGGACAGCAGCCUCUGGGGUUGAGGAGGGGGAAGGCGUCCCCUGAGACCCAGAGGCAUCCCUUCCUCAGCUGGGAGUGGGCCACCUCAUGCCCUGAUGGGGCCUGGCAUGGAACUGAGGGCUUUCCCGCAGAAUCCUGGCACCCUGCCUGGCUGUGCACUUUGCUCGCUCACUUUGCCACAGGGCAGUGACUAUACCAUGCCCGCGCGUGACCUGGGCUGCGGAACCUCUGCCACUCAUCAUCCCACUCCUGCACCCUGGCCUGUCUGCUCCCCUGGCCACCCCACGGGCUGGGAGCCCCCACCCCCCUGCCCUGGGAAGUUCUUGUUCAAGGCUUUCCUGGGCCUGCCUGCCUUUCCCCAUGGUUGUAUGGGCAGGGGGCAGUGAGGCUGGACUCUCUGAGAUAAGCAGAGCAGGUGGAGAGCCCAGGGAAAGUGCUGUCACAGGCGGCAUGCUGCUUGUGGGAUGACAGAAGUGACAUCAGGUGGAGAAGCGAGCAGCCCCCACAGUGACUUCCUCAGAGGUGACAGAGACUACAGCCAUGCAGCUGGAUUUCUGUGGUGAAGGACAGAAGCGGCUGGCAGGCCAACAAGGCUAUGCCUUGGUGAGGGGCAGGUGGACAGCCGGAGGCCUCUCUGCAGUGGCAGAGAGUGGUGUGGGUGGCUCAGGAGGCCUAGAGGCCCUGGGAGAUGCGUGGAGGAGAGAACACGGGCCCCAGGCCCUUCCCCCUGUGCUGACAGCAUUGCUGUAGGGGUGGCCCACUGUCCUCCCUGUCCCCGCAUCCUCCCCAGGCUGGGGGCACACCUGCCUGUGCUGUGCUUGCGAUGUGUAUCAAUAAACCACCAUGGCCUGAG